AUGCUCGUGAUUACCAGCAAUGUGGGGGACAACGUGGUGAAGUCGGUGGAGAACAACGUCUGGGCCACCCAGCGCAAGAACGAGCCGCUGCUCAUCGACGCCUUCCGCAGCUGUCGCGCGGUGAUCCUCAUCUUCUCGGUGAGCCGCUCCGGCGCCUUCCAGGGCUAUGCGCGCAUGCGCAGCCUGCCGGGUCACUCGAGAUGCAAGGCCGACCCCUUCAGCGGUUUCGGGCGCCUCUUCGACGUCGAGUGGCUGCGGCUUCAAGAUGUCAUCAUGCCAGAGGUGAGCUACCUGCGGAACCCCUUGGACGAGGGGCGGCAGGUGUCCUCUGCGCGGGACGGACAGGAGCUGCCCUACGAGGUGGGCCGAGAGCUUUGCACACACUUCGACGUGCGGGUCUUUCUGGAGGACCCCGAUACCUACGAGCCCUGCAUGGAUGAGGCGCCGCCCAUGGCCCGCGACGCCGUGCCGGUCUUGCCUGCGGUGCUGCCAGCCCCGGUAGUUUCUGUGCCGGCGCCGGGCACUUUGCCUGGCCCGCCGCCGCCCGGGCCGCCGCCGUGGAUGCAGUUCCCUGCGCAGCCAGGCCUACCAAUCUCAGCUGCGCCCCCUGGUGCGGGGCUUGACCAGGGCGGCGCCGCAGCUCGAGCACCGAGCCGCCAGUGA